AUGAGAAUCUCGACAAUCACUACCACAGUGGCAGUGCUACUACCAGUUUCUGUCGUUGCGGCACCAACGCUGGAACAACGCUGGUCUUCUCCCUCCUUCUGGGCAUCACACUCUGGACACGUUCCAUCAACUCCUCCAACACCUCUCCCACCACCAUCCUACAACUUGAGUUUGAGUCACGUCUCUAUUGGACGCGGCACGCAGAACUAUACCUGCGAUCUCUCCAACAGUACGGCGAUCCCAGUAGCCGUGGGCGCAACGGCAUCACUCUACAAUGUUUCCUGCAUUGCUACCAACCAUCCUGCCUUGCUCUCAAUGAUCCCUGGUAUCGCCAUCAAUCUGCCUUUGCCUUCUUCCUCUUCUGCCAUGUCGCCGAUCAACAUGGACCUGGCGGGUCACCAUUAUUUCUUGGAUGCGACUACGCCAUUCUUCAACCUGGACACGCAGAUGCAUUCAUACGGAAUCGGAGCUUUCAAGAAAGUCAACGGCACUUCUGCGCCACAAGGAGCGGUCAUCGGUGUGGACGGGGCAGGUAUGGGAGCUGUGCCAUGGCUCAAGUUGACGGAAAAGAUUGGAGUCGAAGGAAGCCAGAAGUUGAAGGAAGUAUUCAGAGUCAACACGGCUGGAGGGCAGCCACCUGCUACGUGUCAAGGGCAGCAAGAGAGUAUUCUUGUCGAGUAUGCAGCCGAGUAUUGGGUUUAUGUUUGA